GUUGUUUUAACUUGCUCGAAUUAAAUUCGCAUCCCUCCCUCGCGGCUUUUUACUGACGCACUAUGCCUCGUCGGUCUGGUCACAGUUCAGAGGAAGGUUCUGCACCUCGGCGAACCAGCGCCCGCAUUGCCGCGGCACAAGCCGCUUCCCCGGCUAAGUCUCCAGCGAAAUCGCCAAGGCGUAAACGACAAUCUGCCGAGUCAAACAAGGCCACCUCAGAAGAUACGGAAUCCCAACGGUCCCAACUUAAGAGCGAAAGCAGCAUAGAAGAACUAAACGGUCUAGACGUGAGCUCCUCCACUAAAGAGGAGUCUGUAGCUGACUCACAGGAACUCCCUUCAAAGAAAUCGAAAACAGAUGAACCAUUAGCUGUCGAACAAUCCGCAUCAGCGGAUGUGGCCCGAGAAGUCGAUGAAACUGUUGCACAGGAAGUCACUGAGGAACCCCGUGAAGUGAUUAGUCCCAGGGGACUUGAUUUCGAGGUUAUACAAGAAACUGAUGUCCCAGCACCCAAUAGUGCUGAAGUCCAAGCAGCAGUUUCAGUUCAAGGAGAAGACGGUCAGCUCCUUGUUGACUUUGUUCAGGUAGAUACCAGCGAGCUCCCUUCUGUCACGAGUGUGGAAGUCAAGCAACCGACUUUGAUUGAUGAACCCGCCAGCGAACCUGAUAUGCCUAUUUAUGAGGAAAUUUCCGAACCAGUGCCUGCGCCCAUGGUCAAUAGCACUUUCAACGGUGGUCACAGCCAUGUCUCAAGCAAUGUUACAGAUGAUGCCAUACAACCCACCGACUUCGCGGAGCCUGAACUUCAAAACAAGCUUGGUGCUGUUACUGAUGCCCCGAUUCAGUUCGUCCCCGCCCCAGCCGCUGGCGACUUCACUGCUGAUGUAGCGAUUUCCGAAACAGCCCCCUAAUAGUUUGUGGUUCUGCUUCGUCAUCCUCGUUUGAUUUAUACUUAAAGGCGUUUUUAUUGAACCAAUGUUUUCCCCUAUGCCCUGACCUCUAGGCCCCUCAUGUUACGGGUACACGAACAACGUCAAACACUUAAGAAAUCCGAGUCCUGCAGUAUUCUCGCACUUAAAAUGUCUCUGGAGCGUGAGCUCACCAAGCUGUUUUUCAUCCACUACGCGCGGGCUUUGCAUAUCCCCGUUUUCAUCCCCCUUGUGUGAGAAAGGCAACUUCGGAUUCACAUUACCACAGAGAAAGCUGUGUAUAUCGCUAUAAGUGGAGAACAAAUUGACCAUUACAUGCUACAGCACGUUGCAACCAGUAAUAUGUUAUUUGGGUUCAUUCUGUUCAUACUCAUUUGUGCGUGAAGAAUACCGUAUCCUUCAUUCCUUCAUGUGUUAAAUUCCGAUUUUACCCGUCCACUGUUUCAUAUUUUAUAACCACCGCAAUAGUACCAUCAUCGCCGCGAUUAUCCUCAUUGUUUCGUUACUCACAUUGUCUCAGCCCAUUUGCAUUUGGUUGUUAAUAAAGCAUAUUUUGGAGCACUCGUUGCGGCAGUUACACGUGGUGCCAUGGCGCUUUCUCCGUUACCUUCAUAGGUUGGUUUGACUACUGUUUCCAGUAAUCGCUUACUUUCCGCUUUGGCUCCUGUUAUUGUCGCAUUUCCGUGAUCCGUCAACUGCGCCGUCUGUUUUAGUACAGGUGGCUCGCGAACCUUUUAUUUUAAUACGGACAAGUUUUCCGGGAUGCUGCAUACUAGACUUUCAC